GAGCCGGCUCCGAGACUCCUCCUCAUUCACCUCAGCAGCAGCUCGGAGACGGCGAGCAGCUCAGCCACUGACCGGGGAAUCGCAGCCGCAGUGCAGUAAUCAUGUCUAAGGGACCAGCAGUCGGCAUCGAUCUUGGCACCACCUACUCCUGUGUGGGUGUCUUCCAGCAUGGCAAGGUGGAAAUCAUCGCCAAUGACCAGGGUAACCGUACCACGCCCAGCUACGUGGCCUUCACAGACACCGAAAGGCUGAUCGGGGAUGCUGCCAAAAAUCAAGUUGCCAUGAACCCAACAAACACUGUAUUUGAUGCCAAGCGUCUGAUUGGCCGCAGAUUUGAAGAUGCCGUUGUACAGUCUGAUAUGAAGCACUGGCCGUUCACUGUUAUAAGUGAUGGCGGAAGACCCAAGGUUCAAGUAGACUACAAAGCAGAGACUAAGUGUUUCUUUCCAGAAGAGAUCUCUUCCAUGGUCCUGGUGAAGAUGAAGGAGAUCGCAGAAGCGUACCUCGGAAAGACUGUGACAAAUGCUGUGAUCACUGUACCUGCCUACUUCAAUGACUCCCAGCGUCAGGCCACCAAGGAUGCCGGCACAAUCUCUGGCCUCAACGUUCUGCGUAUCAUCAAUGAGCCCACUGCAGCUGCCAUUGCCUAUGGGUUGGACAAGAAGGUUGGUGCAGAGAGGAACGUGCUGAUCUUUGAUCUUGGUGGUGGUACUUUUGAUGUCUCCAUCCUGACCAUUGAAGAUGGGAUAUUUGAAGUAAAGUCCACAGCUGGUGACACUCAUUUGGGUGGGGAAGACUUUGACAACAGAAUGGUGAAUCACUUUGUAGCAGAAUUCAAGAGGAAGCACAAGAAAGAUAUCAUUGACAACAAGAGAGCUGUUCGCCGUCUCCGCACAGCCUGUGAGCGUGCAAAGCGCACAUUGUCAUCCAGCACACAGGCUAGCAUAGAAAUAGAUUCUCUGUAUGAAGGAAUCGACUUUUAUACCUCAAUCACCAGAGCUCGCUUUGAAGAACUGAAUGCCGAUCUCUUCAGAGGCACACUGGAUCCAGUAGAAAAGGCUCUCCGUGAUGCCAAGCUUGACAAGUCACAGAUCCAUGAUAUUGUCUUGGUUGGUGGAUCCACUCGUAUCCCCAAAAUUCAGAAACUCCUUCAGGACUUCUUCAAUGGAAAGGAACUUAACAAAAGCAUUAACCCAGAUGAGGCUGUGGCUUAUGGUGCAGCUGUGCAGGCUGCCAUCUUGUCUGGUGACAAGUCUGAGAAUGUCCAGGACCUCUUGCUGCUCGAUGUCACCCCACUGUCCCUGGGUAUUGAAACUGCUGGUGGAGUGAUGACUGUCCUGAUCAAGCGUAACACAACCAUUCCCACAAAGCAGACUCAGACCUUCACCACCUACUCUGACAACCAGCCUGGUGUCUUGAUUCAGGUGUAUGAAGGAGAGAGGGCAAUGACAAAAGACAACAACUUACUGGGCAAGUUUGAGCUGACUGGCAUUCCUCCAGCUCCCCGCGGCGUUCCUCAGAUUGAGGUGACAUUUGAUAUUGAUGCCAAUGGUAUCCUAAACGUGUCUGCCGUCGACAAGAGCACCGGCAAGGAAAACAAGAUCACCAUCACAAAUGACAAAGGUCGUCUGAGCAAGGAAGACAUCGAGCGUAUGGUCCAAGAAGCUGAGAAAUACAAAGCUGAAGAUGAGAAGCAGAGGGACAAGGUCUCAUCCAAGAACUCCCUGGAAUCCUAUGCAUUCAACAUGAAGGCAACUGUCGAGGAUGAGAAGCUUCAAGGAAAGAUCUCUGACGAGGACAAGCAGAAGAUCCAGGAAAAAUGCAACGAGGUCAUUGCUUGGCUGGACAAGAACCAGACUGCAGAGAAGGAUGAGUUUGAGCACCAGCAGAAGGAGCUUGAGAAGGUCUGCAACCCCAUUAUCACAAAGCUGUACCAGAGUGCAGGUGGCAUGCCCGGAGGGAUGCCCAGUGGCUUCCCAGGUGCUGGCGGAGCACCAUCAGGUGGUGCAUCAUCCGGACCAACAAUUGAAGAGGUCGACUAAACAAACUCUUUCCUGAUGUUUGUCUUGAGAUUCCUAUGGCGAUACCUAAUAAUGGCUGUUCUGUGUUAAUUCCCAUGUAAGCUGCUGUAAAGUUUAACUUUGGGGCAUUAAUACUUGAAGUCACUCCACCAGACAGAACACCAUUGCACUUUACCUGUUAUGUAACAAGCAUUUGUUCUGGAGAAUAAAUCUAUUUAAUUGGC